CACUUUCAGCGUCGUCUGUACAGUUCGCGCCGAACACGCGUUCUUUAAACUUCCAAUCCACUGUUCUUAUCAAGAGGUGUUCAAUUAUUCGCCACUUUACCGAGACUUUUCUUAUAAAACCAAACCAUUGUUUUACGGUCAAGUGCAGUGCGCUUUUCGUCAACAACUCUCAGCCAAGUGAAAAGAAAUUGCGAUAUAAAUGUGGUGCAUUGGAGAUAAUCGCUUUGAUCUGGAGGCCGUACGUCCGGAAUUAAUCGCAAAGUUAUGGCAAGAGGAAGUUGUUGAUGAAUUCGUAGUGGAUGAGUGCACGUGCCAAAAAACUGUUCAAAAUGUUGAAUGAGUUAGAAGACGGAUAUGAAGAAAAUUGCACUUUGUCGUGCUUUGAUGAAUUUUCCGUUGUUCCUGUUGGUUUUUUGUCUAGCAAAGGACGGAGAUGCAGGAGGAAGCAUCCCAGGAAUAGAAUUAUCGAUGCCGCCUUCCCACAUCGCCUUGAGCGGCGACCUCCACAUCCAAAUUACUUCAUCGUCUUUUCCACCACUAAUGCUGCAAUUAUCUCGACUCGAAGGCAACAUCGCCCAGCCCCUAACCACUUUUCCCGUUCUACCCGAAGCGCGCGCUCUUUCCCUCAAUACGACAAUUGUGAAAAUACCUUGCGGAUACUUUUCCAAAGGCGGCCAGUAUUACAUACUUAUUAAGAAGCAACCAAUUGGUGGCAGCAAUUCAACUCUUGUUGGAGACGACGAUUCGGUUAUCACACGAAGUUUGGACGUACGGUGGCCAAUGCCUCAACUAUCGGUGACACCGGAACAUAUACAAACUUAUCCGGAGACUCCGGUGAUGGCGAUUCUCGAGUUUCCGGAAGUGGUGUGUCCUCCGGUGACGGACAGUCCGAUUAGUGCGAUACCGGAGUUUUGGUUAGAGUUACAUUAUUGCGGCCAUUCGUUGCUUACCUGUGAUAAUGACGAUAACAGACAGAAUAAUUCAAAUGUUCAGGUAUUGGAUCAAGUGCGGGGAUUUGGAGGAAGGCGGGUGUUUACACUUAGGUGUGAACUCUUUGGUUUAGCUGGAUUUUAUGCACUUUUUCUACGACCGACUGCUACUACACAAUUACUGCCUCAUACUGCUGCCUACGUCAAGGCCGAUUGGAGCGAGCAGUUCGUGUUUAAUGUCCAUGCCCGAAGCAUUCUGCCUUGUGACGGCCACAGCGGCAUCAAAGUCCUGUUCCAAUACCCGUCGUGUAUUCUGGCAUCAGGGGACCGAGUCCGAGUUUUCGCUCGGUUGCGAGCCAAUGUUGCAUCACUGGCACCCCCAACAUCCCUCGAAUAUGUGGCAGAAAAGCGAGUUAUCAGAGGACAGCACAGUUUGCACUUUGAUUGUGAUUUAUUCACCGAACGCUAUGUCGAAUAUUGCUUCGUGUAUGUGAGCCAAGCAAUCAACGAAGCUGUCGCUGACGUGAGGAUGGAUUGCGUGCCCACCCUUCCUGUCACAGAGAAUGAAAGUGGUGGUUGGGGUCCUUGGAGCCCUUGGACGCCUUGUUCAAGCACAUGCAUUGGGGGUACAAGAAGUCGUUAUCGUUUUUGUGACUCCCCACCUCCUCGUUACGGCGCCAAGUUUUGCGAGGGACAGGCCGUGGAGACUGAAAAAUGUGGAAAGAGCAUGGGUAACAACUGGGAAUGUUUUUAUGGAAAUGUAAUAUCAGCCAGCGAUAUUGUCGCUGAAAUGCCAGAGAUUCAAGCUGAAGUGGGUCCGUAUUGUCGAUGUGGAUGUGUAGUCCACCUAGGACGGGCCAAACCUAAGCGUUUGUUGGCGACUUCAUCACAAAGUUGUCCCGGGAGGACGUUCUGGUUAAUUCAGGCAGAUGAAGAGUUCAUAAUCCAGUUCAAAGUAGAGCAAUUCCAUUUACCGUGCGGCACUCAAUGGCUGAAAGUGAGAGAUGGCAGUUCCCUAUCAGCGAAUUUACUCGCUGAUUUAUCCGGAGCUCCCGACACCACGCCAUCCGUCGUCAAUUCGACAGGACCGAAUUUAUUGCUCGAGUUUUUCUCUGAAGAAAUCGCUAUUGGGGGACAAAUUUGUGGAGGAGGGUUCUUAGCACACGCCAGCCAAAUAAAUACGAGAAAAUCAAACGUGACAGGCGUUCCAAUUGCUCAAAGCGUUGGAGUGGUCCCAGCCGUGAUGUUGAAAAUGACAGCUGUUCACAUCGCUGCAAUUUUUUUCCUUAGCGGUUUGCUGAUCGCAACGGCUUUGUUGGGGGCGCAAUAUUUAUUUCGCUACAGGAAAUACCAUAUCGCUCAGGCCGAAGAUCAGGAUUCACUCGCUGAUCCCACAGCAUCUUGUGCGAGCAUCUCGCUGCGAACACGAGCCUCUUCCAGUGCCACACUCCUAUCGGAAGUAAUUUCAUUAACGAGAUUGAGACCGCACACAAGAAAUAAACACAGCCGUUUGAGGGAGUCAAUGGAUUGUGAACAGGAAGAAGAAGUGACACUAGCUAAAGAAGAAUCGUUGAGUAUGAGCAGUACAACGACUCUUACACAACAAGAAACUUUAACAACGACAUUACCACAAACUGCAAACGAAAUGGAGGAAGUAGCGUGUAGUUUGCCGGGUUCGCCGCAAAGUUACGACCAGAAAACGCUGAAGCGGUCGUCCACUCUGAGCAGCGAAAAGGACAAAUUAAGCGAAAAAGACGAUUUAAAAAGUACAACAUCGUCUAAAAUCUCUAGAAGACUAAGUAACGUCAGUACUGCCUCUAUGACGCAUGUGAGAACAUCGUCUGAAAUUGGUUCUAAAAGUGAUCCGGGCUUUUAUUCGCCCGCAUCCAGUUUAGCCAGCACUGCAACAAUAAAAAGCACCAAUGCAAAAGAAACUAAAGAAAAACGAAACCGAGAAAAACUUCUCGCAGGACCUGCAGCCGGUUCAGACUUUUCAAUUGGAGGACCUGAAAAUGAUUUGGAAAUGGACUAUUAUGACUACAAUGUGGUAAAUGCUGGAGCUGCUCCUGGUUCUUAUCUAGGAAUGGAUCCAGCUUUUCUUGUAUGGAUUCCCCCUUUAGAUGAAGACGGAGAAAUUCUUCCAUCAGAUGAAGAACUCAAACCACGUGUUUACAUAGAUCCAGGAAGCAAUAAAGAAUCACCAGAGGAAGAAAUGUUGUUACCUAAAAGUGAAAAAAGGAUUGAAAUCACGCCUAAAGAUUCACCCAUUUUGAAGAAAAGUAAAAAAGUGCAUGCACUGAUUGAAGAAGAGGUUAAGGAACGAGAACCAUUACUUAAUAAAACUGUGGUAACGAUACAGUUACACGAGUUACCAAAAAAUAAGAGAAGUAGUUCAACUAGUAAACUACUUGAUGAAAUGGAGAAGGAAACUAAAGUUGAAAAGUCGCCAUGUCUUGACAAAGACAUUUUGGAAGAAAUCAAAUAUGCUGAUGAAGAUGAUGACGAAAAGGAACCGACUGAAAGCCAGUGCAAUAUUGAAUUAUCAUAUCACGAUUCAAAUAUUUUAUCUUCCAGUUAAGACUGAAUCCGUGUUAAGAUGAGAAGUUAAAAUAUUGUUUAUAAAGUGUUUUAAAUAUCGCAUUUGAUCAAAAGCUAUCUCAGGAUUGCCGAAGGAUGAGACUGAAUGUUGAGUUAGAACAACGUUGUGAAUACGUUACCUAUCACUAGUCCUAAUCUAGUCAUACUAUUUGUGAAUAUUUCGUAGGCUUUUAGAUUGUUGUUUUGUACAGAGGGGUGUAAUCAAACUUUCAUCAGCGCGUUAUUGAUUUAUGUGUGGGACCAGAUGGCGAAUUUUUAAUUCUUAAUUAUUAAUGAUGUUGCGUAGUCGGAAGAGUUAAAAAUUCACCAUCAUAUGUUUGCAAAUUUAUAUGGUGAAACAGUAUCCCUCCGUUUAGGAAAAUUGUAGUUGCUUGCUUUUGUGAUUUUUUCGUUUUUAGGUAAUUUGUUUUUGUAUAUAGUUACUUUUGUUAUAAAAUGUUAAAACGCUAAAUUUGUAUAAUACAAACAUUUGGUAUAUAUGUACUUAUGGCAAAAUAAAUUUACGUAUUUAUAUUACUUCA